AUGUCAGGGCCAGCUACUGGAUGGGAUAUUGGAAAUGUUUACCAUGCUGGAGUGCACGCGUCCAAGACUCCAAGCGAUUCGCGCGUCGUCAUUGAGCAAAAACUCUUUAAAUUUGUUGAUCAAUUUCGUAUGGAAGAACAUUUUAUUUACAGGGAAAAGAUUAAGCGUAAUGCCGAGGGCCGCAACUAUAGCCUUGUAGUUCAAUUAGAACACCUUGAUGGUGUUGACCGUGUAAUUUCUGACAAGUUAAAAACAUGCCCGGCCGACCUUUUACCGUUGGUUGCAGUACAAAACCUAGCCAAACAGCUUCUGCAAGAUGAUACAAUACCAACGUUCCAAAUUUUGCUUCGUUCUAAUGAAACCACUCAAGAUUUACGGAAACUUAAUUCAGAACAUAUUUCUCAGCUCGUUCGUGUUUCAGGCAUUAUCAUUGCGGCAACGAAUCUGUCUGCCAAAGCAACUAAUAUUCAGAUAAUGUGUAAAACAUGCCGGCAAUGCAAAAUGCUUCCAGUUCCCGGUGGUUUUUCAGGAAUCCAACUCCCAAGAGCCUGUGAUAGUGAUCCCUCUGGGAUUGGACCCAAGGACUGUGGACUUGAUCCAUACAUUGUAAUUCAUGACAAAUGCAUGUUUGUGGACCAGCAAGUUCUAAAGCUUCAAGAAUCACCAGAAUUACUUCCGGUUGGUGAUCUUCCACGUCACAUAACGGUGCAUGUAGACAGAUAUUUGACCAAUAAAGUUAUCCCUGGAAGGCGUGUUACGAUCGUAGGAAUUUAUGAUAUUUUCCAAAAUAGUUUAUCCAAGAAACAAAGCCAUGGUGUUGGCACUCGUAUACCCUAUAUACGUGCCAUCGGCCUUGAACUUGACACAGAGCAAGUCGGACAGGAAUUAGGUAGUUUUACUCAUGCAGAAGAAGAAGAAAUCAUUGCGAUGUCACGAAGACCUGACUUUUACAGUGUUUUCACCAAUAGUAUUGCACCCUCCAUUUUCGGAAAUAGAGAUAUAAAACAUGCUAUUGCAUGUUUACUUUUUGGCGGCAGCAAAAAAAUCCUUGCAGAUGGAAUGAAACUCAGAGGCGAUAUCAAUGUUCUAUUGCUAGGUGAUCCUGGUACUGCUAAAAGUCAAUUUUUAAAAUUUGUACAUCAGGUUGCACCAGUAGCUGUUUAUACUUCAGGAAAAGGCAGCAGCGCUGCGGGUCUUACAGCUGCUGUAGUUCGUGAUGCUGCUACGCGCGAAUUUCGUCUCGAAGGAGGAGCGAUGGUAUUAGCAGAUGGAGGUGUUAUAUGUAUAGAUGAAUUCGAUAAAAUGAGGGAUGAAGAUAGGGUAGCUAUUCAUGAAGCAAUGGAACAACAAACUAUUUCUAUUGCCAAAGCUGGUAUAACUACUAUUCUUAAUUCGCGUACAUCGGUCCUGGCUGCCGCAAAUCCAAUUUUUGGUCGUUAUGAUGACAUGAAAUCACCUGGAGAGAAUAUCGAUUUUCAAACGACGAUCCUAUCGAGAUUUGACAUGAUUUUUAUCGUAAAAGAUGAGCAUAAUGAUGCAAGAGAUCGGGAUAUUGCCAGGCAUGUUUUGGGUAUACAUAUGCGCCGAGCUCCUCCGGAAUCUGCUGUUGGCGAAAUAGACAUAACUAAAAUGAAGAAAUACAUUGCAUAUGCAAGGCUAAAAUGCGCACCACGUUUAUCCUCAGAGGCUGCAGAAAAGUUGAGUAGUCAUUUUGUUGACAUACGUUCCGAGGUGAAGCAUAUGGAGCAACAAAGCAACGUUCGUUCUUCCAUUCCAAUAACUGUUAGGCAAUUGGAAGCAAUAGUCCGCAUUUCCGAAUCUUUGGCUAAAAUGACUUUGUCACCGCGUGUAGCGGAACAACAUGUUGAUGAGGCGAUACGUUUAUUUAAACAUUCUACCAUGGAUGCUUUACAAUCAGGGGAGGUUGAAGGUAUGUCUCAAGCAGAGGUGGCACACCAAUUGAAAGUUGUGGAAAGAGAGAUCAAGAGUCGCAUCCCUAUGGGUUCAAGAGCCUCUACACAACGAAUAAUCAAAGAACUUGAUAAGAAUUUUUCUGCCAUUGUUGUCGGACGUGCUAUUGAUAUCUUGGUUAGGAGAGAAGUCCUUCAGUAUAGGAAUCAGCGAAAAGUUAUAUUUAGGUGCGGUGUAUAA